GUGUUCUGUGAUAUGAAGACGAGAGGUGGGGGCUGGACCGUGCUGCAGCAUCGUAGAGACGGAGCUGUGGAUUUCCACCGUGGAUGGAAGGAUUACAAGAUGGGUUUUGGGGAUCCCUCGGGAGAGUACUGGGCAGGAAAUGACCUCAUCCAUCUGCUGACCAGCUCCCAGGAGUACAGUCUCCAGGUGCAGCUGAAGGAUGACGCGGGGAACGAGGCCUACUCCCACUACGAUCACUUCUAUAUAGACGCAGAGGACAAAAACUACAGUCUCCAUGCCCAGGGAUUCAGUGGUACUGCUGGCCGCACCAGUAGUCUGACCCAGCCUGGGACCCAGUUCAGCACCAAGGACCGAGACAACGACCGCUGCUCCUGCAAGUGUGCCCAGAUGUCAUCUGGAGGUUGGUGGUUUGAGGCGUGUGGUCCCUCCAACCUGAACGGUAUCUACUACGCUGGCGUCUCCAACGUGGUCCGUUACAACAGCAUCAAGUGGUACUACUGGAAGGGCGCCAGCCUCAUGGCUACCAUGACUACCAUGAUGGUUCGACCCGCAGGCUUCUGAGGGAUAACAGCUGCUACCAUGACUACCAUGAUGGUUCGACCCGCAGGCUUCUGUGGGAUAACAGCUGCGAUAACUGAUGAUUUCAGCGGGAAGCGACUGAUGACAUCACCCUGACUGACUAAAUUACUGACUGAUGAGCAAAUGAUGAAGUUUGACAGACAUUUGAGUGGAGAUUUUAGAAAUGUUUAAUUGAUGAACAUUUUCAAAGUUUUUUUUUUCUCCAAAAAUGUUUUCGGUUGGCCUCCCGAGUGGUGCCGUGGUCUAAGGCA